AUGACAGAAGAAACUCGCGCCAUGACAGAAAAAACUCCCGCCAUGACAGAAAAAACUCCCGCCAUGACAGAAAAAACUCCCGCCAUGACAGAAAAAACUCGCGCCAUGACAGAAAAAACUCGCGCCAUGACAGAAAAAACUCCCGCCAUGACAGAAAAAACUCCCGCCAUGACGGAAAAAACUCGCGCCAUGACAGAAAAAACUCCCGCCAUGACAGAAAAAACUCCCGCCAUGACGGAAAAAACUCGCGCCAUGACAGAAAAAACUCCCGCCAUGACGGAAAAAACUCCCGCCAUGACGGAAAAAACUCCCGCCAUGACAGAAAAAACUCCCGCCAUGACAGAAAAAACUCCCGCCAUGACAGAAAAAACUCGCGCCAUGACAAAAACAUCUGCAGCUGUGCUCAUUCAAGCAUGGUGGCGUGGCACACUGCUGCGACGCUCGCUGCUGGAGGCUGCCCUCAACGCGUGGAUCAUUCAGUCCUGGUGGAGAAAGAUGCUGGCGAAGCUGUGGGAGAGGAGACGGCGAGCGGCUCUGGAGAUGUAUGCUAAAAAAACAUGGGCAACUGUCAAACUUCAGUCCUGGUACCGGAUGUGGCGCAUCCGCCAACGGUACUGUCGUUUGCUAAAUGCUGUCCGUAUCAUCCAGGUUUAUUGGCGUUGGCAUAGUUGCCACACUCGUGGCUUUAUCCAGGGCAACUAUGAAAUCAAAGAAAAUCAACUGAAUAUUCAACUUGAAAUUUCCCUGGGCUCACAGGCUUGCAAAGUGCAGCAGUGUAUAACCCUACCAAUAAAAGAGUGA